AUGGCACGUGCAUCCGGAUUUAACAAGGAAAAAGGUGAUCUUUUUUUUGAUGCCUUAGAGUCAAUUAUAUUUAAUCAGUAUGGUAAAAUUGUAAUCCCACCAAGUCGCAUCUAUAAUGCUAAUGAAAGUAGCUUUUCAGUUUGUCAUAAUCCUGGCAAAAUUGUUGCUCUAAAAGAAAAGAGAUCAGUAGGAGCAAUAACAAGUUUAAAAAAAGACAAAAUCAUUACAGUGUUAUGCUGUGCGAGUGCGGUUGGAGCAUAUGUGCCUCAUAUGAUUAUUUUUCCUCGUGUACACAUGAAGCCAUCUUUUAUGGAUCAAGCACCCCAAGGAGCAUUUGGAGUUGCAACAAAGAAUAGUUGGAUAAAUGAAGAACUGUUUAAUAUCUGGUUUGACCACUUCUUACAAUUUACUCAACCGUCAAGCUGCAAUACGCCAACUUUACUUGUAUUAGACGGUCAUAGCUGUCAUGUAAAGAACAUAAAAUUGAUACUAAAAGCUCGCAGAAACAAUGUGAUUAUAUUAAGCCUUCCAAGUAAUUGUACCCAUAUAAUGCAGCCACUAGAUAUUUCUUUUUUUAAAUCCUUAAGCUCGCGAUACAAUUCAAUUGUGCAGUCAUGGCAUCGCUAA